GGAAAUAACCCGGCAGCGGAGAGCGAAGCUCACCCUCGUUUCCUUCUUCCAUUUUCCCUAACUAAUUAAAAAAUUAGUAUCAAAUUUGAAUAGAUAAUAAAUAAUAGUUAAGAAAAGGCCAAUAAAAGCCCCCGUCGGCUAGAAGAGAACCUCUUCUCCGAAGGGGGAGAAAGAGAGAGAGAGGGAGAGAUUUCAAAUGUGAUGGGGAGCGGCGUCUCCCGUCUCCUCCGCGUGCCGUGCCUGCGGCCCACCACCGCCGCCGCCGCCGGCGUGGAGCGCCCGCAGGAUUUUGAGGCGGGGCCUCUGGACGAGGCCCUCGGCCACUCCUUCUGCUACGUCCGCUCCGCCAGCCCCGCCCACUCCCCGUUUACGACGCCCCCACGGCCGCCGCCCAGUCACAGACUGCCGGCUUCCGGAGCUCCGCCUCCUUCUCUGCCCAUCCCCCUCCAGCUCUCCUGCGGCGGCGGCGGCGGGGGCCGGCUUCGGGGCCGCUCGAUCGGGGGUUCUUCCUCUCAGGGCCGAUCGAGCGGCGAGCGCUCUCCGGCCCACUCGACGCCGUCCCCUUCUCCGGCCCGCUCGUGAAGAAGAAGGGCCGGGGCAUCUCGAGGAGGCUCCGGAAGCCGUCCCUCUUCCGCCGGAGCCUCUCGGAGAAGAACCGCCCCUGGGUGGUCCCACUCCGCAGCUUCACCGCCCGGCGGUGCGACCCCGAGGACGCCCCUCUUCCCGCUGGCGGGAAUGUCCAGUGGGCCCACGGAAAGGCCGGGGAGGACCGGGUCCACGUCGUCGUUUCGGAGGAGCAUCGUUGGCUCUUCGUCGGGAUCUACGACGGGUUCAAUGGUCCCGAAGCCCCUGAAUUCCUUGUGGGCAACCUCUACCGCUCGGUGUUCAACGAGCUCCGGGGCCUAUUCUGGGAGGAAGUAGAAGAGGAGGCAGUAUCGGAAGAGGGGACGGACAAGAAGGUCACCUUUCAGGAGGAUUCCAGAGCUGGGAGGCGCCUUUGGGAAUUCCUGGCGGAAGCGGAUGAGGAUGCAGAAUUGGACUUCUCCGGCUCGGGACGGUUCGCAUUCUCUCUGUCCAAGCUGAGGGAUGGAUUUGGGAGCUGGCGGAAGGAGGGCAGGAGGUUCUGGUUUCCGAGGUGGAGGUAUGAAUCGGAAGAGAAGGCAAAAGAGACCCAAGAAGUUACCGAGCGGAGUAGCCGCAGGAGGAGGAAGGCAGGGCCUGUGGCUGAUCAUGAAUUGGUGCUGAGGGCUCUUUCCCGGGCAUUGGAAGUUACCGAGCUUGCGUACUUCGAGAUGACAGAUAGGGCCAUGGACUGCAACCCUGAGCUGGCGCUGAUGGGCUCCUGCUUGCUGGUGGUGCUUAUGAGAGAUGAUGAUGUGUAUGUAAUGAAUGUGGGAGAUAGCCGUGCAAUUGUGGCGCAGCAUAGACCUCGAGGAACCACUGAAAGGAGGAGGAAUCAGGGCAAUGCCAAUGAACAAGAGACAGGAGUUGGAGGGAAUGAUGUGGGUCUGGAGAUUGAGACACUGGGUCGAGAAGCAACAGAAUUAGUAGCAUUGCAGCUUUCAACUGACCAUGCCACCAGCAAUGAGGAAGAAGUCCUGAGGAUAAAGAAAGAACAUCCAGAUGACCAUCAAUGCAUUGUCAAUGAUAGAGUAAAGGGACGUCUUAAGGUCACACGAGCAUUUGGGGCUGGAUAUCUCAAAAAGCCUAAGUGGAAUGAUGGAUUAUUAGAGAUGUUUCGGAAUGAGUUCAUUGGAACGGCACCAUACAUAACCUGUACACCUUCACUUUGUCACCUUAAACUGGGCUCAGAUGAUCAGUUUUUAGUCCUUUCUUCUGAUGGACUAUAUCAGUAUCUAAGCAAUGAGGAAGUGGUUUUACAUGUUGAAAAUUUCAUGGAGAGGUUCCCAGAUGGAGACCCUGCACAAAGUUUAAUUGAGGAACUUCUUUUUCGUGCAGCGAAGAAAGCUGGCAUGGAUUUUUAUGAACUCUUGGACAUACCACAAGGAGACCGCCGGAAGUACCAUGAUGAUGUUACAGUUAUGGUCAUAUCUCUUGAAGGAAGAAUAUGGAAGUCAUCAGGAAAAUGUGUGACAAGCUAAGAGCUGGAUGAACUUUGUUUUCUAAGCUAUACAACUUGCCAUCAGCAUAUUGCCGAUUCAUGUCUCCAAAUUGUAAAAAGGCCAAGGGUUCCUCUGAUCAUUGGCAUGAUCUGUCACUUGGCCAUUUUCCUAAAGUUCUGGAAAGCAUCAUGAAAGCUUCCACAGACAGAUUGAAUACAAGUAAACCAGCAUGGCUUUUGGGUUCAUGCUGGUUGAUGCCGCCAAUCAAUCUGAAAGGGGAAUUGGUCUGGGGUGGUAAAAAAUGAACAUACCUAGGGAGGGUGCAUCAGUUUAUUCUCGGUUUUUGGGAUCCUCCCUUUUCUUUAUUGUUUUUAGGGGUAAAUGUUUUUUUAGUGGGAAAUAUUUUUACAGAUGUAUAACAUUACCUUUUGUUACAUGUGGGACCCUCUAAUCUGUUGGACGUGUCCAUCAGAAGCCUAUUUAAAAGACUAAAAAUUCUUUUGGCAGGAAUUU